UGACACUUGAUGUUUUAAAUGUUUACGUCAAUGCAAAAUUUUCUGAAAAAAUGUAAAAGAAAAACAAAAAGAAUUACCCUAAAUAUAUUGUGAAGAUAAAAACACGCCAAAAUAAGUUACAUAGCAUGAUGUAAUAAUACUAGCGUUUGAAAUGUUUGCAAAGCGAAAUCUUGUUGAUAUUAAAAAGUCUACAUCCAAACUUCAAGACCCCAAAAAAGAUGUUGCUACGAGAAUCAAACAUCUAAAAAUUAUUCUAGAAAAUGUUGACACCUCAGAUGCCAAAGGAUUUUUUGAAGCAAAUUUUAGUCACAUUUAUAACAUUCUUUAUGAGAGCUUUGUGCAGACUGAAACUAACUUAAGACAAAGAGAGCUGUCUUUUCAUCUGGUACACAAGGCUCAUAAGGAAGAGUUGGAGUGUACACUUUGGAUCCUCGAACAAGUGUUAUGUCUUUUACCCGAACUCAUACACAGGAGGUGGCAAUUGCAUUCUCUAAGCAGACUUUUGGCGAAGCUUCUUCAUCCUGGAAAUUCUAUCAAAUUAAGAAGACAAGGAAUAAGAUAUUUCUUAAUAUGGUACCAAGCGUUGAACGAAAAUGCACCAGAGUAUGUACACAAUAUGUUUUCUGCAUUGGUGCCAGGUUUUGGAAGUCAAAAUGUUUUUCAAUCCCAACACAGCGGAAGCGUUUUCCACGAUACAAGUGCACAACAUCCCGUAACGGCCACGGAAUUGUUACCCAUUUUGCCUCCCUCAAAUGGAGAAAAAUCUCCAGAAAAUGCUAGCAAGUUUUACUUAGAAGCUUUGUUGGAAUAUAUGGUUCAUACGGUUGUGAAAUUAGAGUGGCAGGACAAGAACGCACACCAUCAUAGAUGUUUUAGCUUCUUAUUAGAAAAGUUUAAAUUAUACUACAUACCAAAAAUGUUUCCAAAUUUCUGUAAGGAUACGUCUUUGUACAAACCAAAUUUAGAUUUACCCAUUUUAAGAAGACCAGAAAGUGAAAAUGAGUUUGUGCAAUGUAGAGUAAGUUUUAUACUUUGGACCAUCAACUACAUGCAUCAAACCAGAAAAUCCCAAGAUAAGGAAGGUUCUGUCGGUCCACCUUCGAUACAGAAUAUGCAAUCUCCAUCACAACAUUCACACACGUCUCAUGAUGAUGAUUCACAACACGAUUCGUCCCAUCCCAGUUUGGAUUCUACUAUAUCAAUUCAAACAAACAGAACUACUUCCGACGAAGAACUGGGCCCACAAAUCGUUCGAGAAGUGUUGUACAGUACCAGAGACAACAUAAAUUUUCUCCACGAACUCUAUCGACAAGCGUUUCUUCUAAAUUUCACACAAGUCGUGGCUAUAAGAAAAAUUAUUGGACUAUACAAAGAUCUAAUACAAGGCAACGUUAUUGAAAUACCUCCAUAUGCUUUGGAAAUGCCGGAGGAUGUGCCUAGGAACGGCAAUGAAGAUAUAUCCGUACUGGAAAGGCCUACUAGAUUACGAAAUGAUUCAUACUUAGGAGCGAUUCAUAAGGAAAACUUAUUAGUCCGAGCAGGAACGCAGAACAUUUAUCAACUUUUUACGACCCAUGCGGCAAAUGUAUUUUUAAUAGAAAUCAAUUCUCAUGCACCGAGAAUGCUUGAAGAACAAACUGAUGCUUGUAAAAGGGUUUUAAACAUCUACAGGUAUAUGGUGAUGAAUACAAGGAUGGACAGCAGUACUUGGGAACAACUUUUAACAGUCUUACUUCAGAUUACAUCUUUAGUGCUAGGAGAAACCCCACCCAAGAAGAAAACUGUAACACUGGGUGGAAAAUUAGCUCCUGCUAUUUUUCAAACACUUAUAGUCACUUGGAUUAAAGCUAAUUUAAAUGUUAUGAUAAGUAGGGAAUUGUGGGACAGGUUUCUGCAGGUUCUAACCACCUUAACUGUUUGGGAGGAAUUAAUAAAAGAAUGGGCAAAAACCAUGGAAACACUUACAAGAGUGCUGGCCCGACAUGUUUAUAACCUAGAUCUGACCAAUUUACCUUUGGAUAGACUAAAUGAUAACAGGUCAAAGAGAAGUAGAAGAACUACGCAGAGACAAGAACAAAGUACACCUUGUAGUACAGGCGAACCCGUCCAUCCCGUAGUUUCCCGACAAGAUUCAGCAUUACCCGAUGGUCAGCUCUUAUCAAAAAGGACACGAUCAACAUUAUCCAGAAGCUACAGUGAUAACGACUUGACGUUAAAGCGUAGAUCUUCGCAAAUCAAACAAAGAAAUCUUAAUAGACGACGCUCUAAAUCUUUAGAAUUCCUUGCACCUCAAGAUACUGAAUCUACUGACCGUACACGAUCACCUAGUCCAGCUCCGUCCAGUGGUAUGGAAAGUAAUUCUAUCAAAGAUUCUCCAAUUCAGUUAGAUAUGUUGUCCGCUGAUCACCAAACCUUAGAAUUUUGUGGUGAACACAGAGGUGUUAUUUGUGGAGGAUCCAUCAGAGGUUGGCUACCCGAUGUGGCUGUAAUUAUAUGGAAAAGGAUGUUAGGUGCACUGGGAGAUAUUAACAAAAUUUCUGACCCAAAACUGCAUGCUCAAGUAUUCGAAUAUCUGGUAAAACUGACCGACACACUAAUAAAACUAAGUCGGAAUCAAGGCAUCUCAUUCGACAAUAUGAGUACUCCACAUCCUCCAGAGUUGAUCCCCCCAUUGACCUUAAUCCUUCCAUGGUGUUUUGGGGCUUUGGUGCUACCUAGUAAUUACGAAGCUGGGAAGUUGAACGCCUUGAGGCUAAUUUGUACUAUAACUGUCAACUGUGAUAGCAAACAUCGGACUUAUUUGCCACAAGUGUAUAGGUUUCUACAUACGGCCCUAACUGGUAGCUCGAAAUUAGUAAUCAACACUUGUCUGAAAUAUCUGGGGCCUAGAUUUUUUUCGCUUCAAUUACCUGGGGCAUCAUUGUUAUUGUUGGAUUUUAUACACGCAUGUAAUAUAAUUUUAAACAAUACUGAAAAGUUGGAAUCGUCGCCGAGAACAGAAGCUAUGUCGUUCCUGGCCAAUCUACUUAGUCACACUGAAAAUUUGAAUGCCAUAUCCGUACUUCAACCUGAUUCAGAAAUGCACAUCAUGACCUGUCCGGAUAUAAAGGAACACAUUGUCAGUAUUUUAUUAAGAGCAGGUAGACGCGAACCAAAAGGUAAAGCCAGAUGUAUAGCUCUUUCGGCUCUAGGAAUUUUUGUAUAUAAAGAAUUGAAAAACCAAACAUUCCACUCUAAGAUUACGGAUGCAAUCAACGUUCUUCUUUUAGCUUUAAAGUUUAAUAAUAAAAUUAUUGCUCAGUUGGCAAGUAAUAUAUUAUUUCUUCUCUGUGAUCAUGCCCCGUUAUUGUGGUCUCAGUACCCACGGCUGAGCAAUGCAGUAAUUUCCACAUUGUGUUCAGCUUUAUUUUUACAUACACCUUUGGGAUCGACUGCUGGAGAGAGUGAUAAAGCUUUGGGGACAGCUUUAUUGUUUUGCCUUGGUGAAUGGUGUAUGAAGUUAGGUCCCCAAAGGUUAUUGGAGAUUUCCGAAUAUGGGGAAACUAGGGGAACAUGUCUUUUGCUACAAGUGUUUACGGUUCUGCAUAAAAUAAUGCUUGGAAAAGCGUCGUUGGAGCACCCAGGUGGUCUUAGUCAGCCGAGCAUAAACGACGACUUCGACCCAAACAUCCUUGCUGACGAUUUCGAGAUAUCGGAAAAAAUAUCGUCUUCAAAAAAUAAUCAGUGUCAAGAUGCAAUUAAAUUAUGCGCAAGGACAAUUCUUUCACAUCUAGUCUCACAUCUGGGCCAUUUCCCAAUGGCUAUUGGUGCUACGCGACUCAGCUCACUUGUUGCGGAACACGAUGACGUACCUAAUCUGAGUUCGGACGAUUUGUCAACAAGUAUUUUCUCUGCGUCAAAUAUACAAUUGUUCAUUUUGUCCAAAAAUAUAAUUGCAAGCUUGGUCGAGCUUCCAGCUUUAGAAUUGCCAGAAGGAGGAAUAACAGCUGGUCUAUCAACUGCUGACAAGCAAGUAAGGGUUAUUUUACGAGAUCUAUCCGGAAAAUCAAGUUGGGAUGCUUCCAUUCUAUACAAAAAUCCGGAACAUAUCAAACAACGAAUAGAUCUUGACUUUCAAAAGUCUCAGACAGAUAACGUUGAUAGUGGUAUUCAGAUGGAAAGUUUGAUGGUAUCAUCACCAUUACAUAAUUUACCACAAAGAGCUAUACGACAUAGACCUCCUAGUGUUUUACCAGAUGUUUCUAAUGCAGCGCCUGAUUUGGACCAACUCGAUGAUUUACUUCAGUACCUGGGAUACACGAGUCCAGAAUGUCUAGAAAACUUCAACCAAAAGUUAAACGAACCAGCUGCACCUCCAAUGAGUACUGAUAUAGAAAACGAAGCAAUUGCGUCCGUUAUUAGUCAGAGAAACCUAGAAUUGGAGGACAGUAGGUUUUCUCAACAAAUCGAUUCAAUGCUCGGACAGCCUGUCGAGAGACCCAACAGUAGGUCAGAGACUAGUUAUCCGUCGUUCAGUAGCGUUGCUUACCAACAAAAUAUUGCCACCGUAACCGAACAGAACGCUUUCCAGCAUUGUCGUCUUUUCUUUUCUCAAUUAGGAUUGGCAGGAUGGGAAAGAAGGCAGCAGUUGCAUUUACUUAAUAAGACUGAGCGAUUGUUAAGGGAGUUACGUAAUUUAGACAAUCAAAGUUGUCGAGAAACACAUAAGUUUGCUAUAAUUUACGUAGCUCCUGGUCAGGAAGAUAAAAAUUCAGUAUUGUCUAAUCAAGGUGGUAGUAUUGCUUAUGAACAAUUUUUGGCAUCUUUGGCAUGGGAGGUAGAGUUGGAAGGUCAUACGGGUUUUUUAGGAGGUUUACAAAGGCAAGGAACAACUGGAUUGACCGCUCCUUAUAUAGCUACAAGUUUCUUAGAAGCAAUUUUCCAUGUUGCCACUCGAAUGCCGGGAGAUUCUCCAGAGGCCGUACUUAAUAAGAUAAGACAUUUAGGCAAUGACGAAGUUCACAUUGUAUGGUCCGAGCACAAUAGAGACUAUAGACGUGAUAUCAUUCCCACUGAGUUCUGUGAUAUUUUAAUAACUAUUUAUCCAUUAGGAGGAAAUUUAAAUAGAGUGACAAUUAAUUUAAAAUCUGACGUUCCACAUUUUGGAGUAUUAUUUAAUGAGGCUAUUGUUGAAACUUCAGUGUUAGCUGGAUUGGUUAGAGCAACAGCCAUUUGUGCAAGUAGAGCUAAGAGAAUUACUUACGAAUUCUAUCAACAGUAUUAUGAAGAAAGAGCUAAGUCGUUAGAAACAGUUGUAACGAAACACAAAAAAGGUACAACAUAUGAAGAAUUCAUAUCAAAAGUAUACAGUCCCGUCCUUACGCCGAAUUUGCUUUAUCCUAAUAGUUUAUCGUCAAACAACGGUGAUGUUGGUUCAAAUUCCAUGCUUGCAGCUGCCCUAUUGGACUCUCAUGGACAUAUUCCAAAGAGCUCCCAAAGAGCUGAUCAGAAAUUUAGAGCAUCGGCCAAUGAAGUCACUAGAAGCGGUUGGUUCCAAAAUUUAGACAACCAAAUUGUCGAAUCGAGCAUAUCUCCUAGGCCCAUGAAGAGAAUUUCAACUAAUUUAAAACCGUCAAAAAAGUCGGUAAAACGUGAAACUUCAGUAGAAUCUCCUCCGGAAAGUCCUCUACAAAUUACCCGAAGAAAGUGACUUAUUGUAUGUAACAAGUUAUUAAAAAUUACCUUAAACUAACAUCAGACAGAGUGUUUAGAGACAAAACUCAUGGCUAGGCAAAAAUUGGCUAAUUCAUUUUAGUAUAUUCUUCUUUCAUGGAUUAAGAUACGCAUAUUUUGAUAGCAGAUUUCUAUUUUUUUAUAUAUUAUAAUAGGGAACUUGCAUAAAAUUUUAAAUUCGAAAAAAAUGUUAUAAAUCACAACAGAACAUAAUUUAAAACAUGUAUCAAAGAUUAAAAAGUUUUGUUUGGCUUUCGUUUGGCCCCUAAAGAUGAUUAAAAAUUCAAAUUAAAACAGGUGGCCCAAAACGCGUCGUGACGUCAUUCGUUUAUAUUAUGUUUACAUUCUUCCAAAAAAGUAAACAGAAUUUAAAAU